GCCUGGAGAGUAAAGAAUGAAGGAUUAACGGGGUGUCCCACUCAAGUUUCGUAGACCUUCUCUCUAACUAGGGUUUCUUUGAUCCGUAUUCAGUUUCGAUUCGAGCCAUCGCCUUUCACGUUGGGUGUAGACAACCAUGCCCCGGUAUUACUGUGAUUACUGUGAUACCUACUUGACGCAUGAUUCUCCAUCUGUUAGAAAGCAGCAUAAUGCAGGUUACAAGCACAAGGCAAAUGUCAGAUCCUAUUAUCAGCAAUUUGAGGAGCAACAAACCCAAAGUUUGAUUGACCAAAGGAUCAAGGAACAUCUUGGGCAAACUGCAGCAUUCCAGCAAGUUGGUGCUGCUUACAACCAACAUCUAGUUUCUUUCCCAGGAAAUCCUCCAAGGCCUCGUCUUCCUGUUCUGCCGACACCUGGAAUGCCGGUUGCAGGGAGUGCGCCUUUACCUAUGAAUUCACCACUCAUCCCAGGGAUGAGGCCUCCUGUUCUGCCAAGACCAGUUCCUGGUGCACCAGGUUAUAUGCCUGCUCCAGGCAUGCCAUCUAUGAUGGCUCCACCAGGUGCUCCUUCCUUGCCUAUGCCCCCAUUAAAUAGUCUUCCAAGGCCUCCAACAAUGAAUAUCCCACCAGCAGUUCCUGGGAGCACAUCAACACCUACUUCUAGUGGUGCCCCCUCUAUGAUGACACAACCAAUGUAUCAUGCCAAUCCAGCUGGACCAACAAGUGGAGGUUUUGACAGUUUCAACAUCAAUGCCCAAGCUCCUGAGGCCAAUCAUUAGUAUUAAACUGGCAGCCAGAUGAAACCAGAGACACCACCGGAGGCAACUUCAGCCUUAGAUCUUUGCAAGUUAUUCAGUUAGUGACGGGCAUGAAGAGCUUUUGCUGAACUGAGAGCAUAGUUUUGUAUGAUUCUGUUAGGUUUUGAUAUCACCGAAUACCUCUAAAACUAAUCUAGCUUCUUCUAGAAAGGGAGCUAGUUUCCUAAACUUUGAAAACAGGGGAUUUGCUCUCUGUUUGAAAUGUACAAUUGUGAACCAAUUUAAAGCAGGUGCACCUGAGUCAAGAUUAUAAAACAUAUUUUUGGCAUGUAACUCUGUACUGAAGUUAAUUGGAUGGAACUUGACUUGAUUAAUUGAUGUUGUGUUUUAUGUUUU